GGUAAAGUUAAUUUGUCAAAGCAACAACCAUGAAGCUGAUCGCUGUCGUCGUCAUUGCGUGCAUCCUGCUCAUCGGAUUCGCUGAUCUAGCCUCGGCGGGCACCAAGGAUUGUUCCUGCGUGGUUUGUGGACCUGGUGGCCAGUCGUGUACUGGGUGCCCCGAACGGGUUCCCCUCUGCAAAGAUCUGAUCAGCAUUAUGCGCGAUCUCGAGCGGAAGGUGCGUCAGUGCGUCUGCGGAGAGCAGAUGUGGCUGUUCUAGAUAUGUGCCCACAACCUGAUCAGCAUUGGCCUAUUAUCUGCUGUCUAAUAAAACUGUUAUCAU